UUUUGUCCGGGCUUCCGUGCUCAAGUCCCCGUUCCCUGUUUGAGGUAUGUCUACCAAGACGGUGCAUGGUGUCUCGAUGCCUCUUGCACCAGAACCCCACCACAAGCCGGUCCCUCAAAAGCGAGCAGGUGGCAACAGCUGGGGCCCUAAAAGCCGGGCCGCGUCGGCUGUAAUGCAUGCGCGUUUCUGUUUUCCACAACCUCAUCCAGUCCCGCCAUGUCGGCGACUUGAUAAACGAUUCAAACCCCCCAAGACGCGCGCAUAAUGCACACGGACCUCCUCGACACGAUUUUGGUCAACCACAAGAACGCGACGCCGCAGGGAAACGACAUCAACCCGAAGACAGCCGAGCCGCGAGCAGCAGAGACGGCAAUGAAGGGUCUCGGGCAAGAGGCCGUGGGCGCGGCGGGCGCGGCGGGCGCGGCGGGCGCGGCGGAUGAGGAAGCAAAGUGUCCCGUCGACCACAAAACUCGCGAGUUGUGGUUGCAACAAGCCCAACAAGAGCGUGCAGCACCGCCGGCAACACCCUCAACGCCACAGAAUCUACAAACAACAAGCGCAAUAUCAGCCCCAUCCCAACAAUCCACUUCUUCCUGGUCAUCAUGGUUCCGCCUCCCGUCGUUCUCCCGAGAAGCGCAAUCUCAAACCCCGUCAACAGCUCAAGCACUGCCGCGCACACAAUCACGCCUUGACGAGUCCCGCGAAAUCUCCAGCAUUCCCCGCACCUCCGACCCCGGCCCAGCGGCAUGUCCCGCCAACGAUGAACAAGAGACAGGGGCCUCGUCGACCGGCCAUUGGGUGUACCCCUCCGAAAAACAAUUUUUUGAAGCUAUGAGGCGAAAAGGCCACGAGGCGGCGGCGGCGGACAUGAGGACGGUCGUGCCCAUCCACAACGCCGUCAACGAACGGGCGUGGGCCGAGAUCCUCAAAUGGGAGGCACCAUACGUGGAGCCUGUUACGAAAGGCGGGUGUGGCGGGCCGAGGUUGCACAGCUUCGCGGGCUUGGGCAGCGCAACCAUGAGCCCCAAGGCCAGGAUCAACACGCUGCUUGGAUACACGGCGCCUUUCGACCGGCACGACUGGGUUAUCGACCGGUGUGGGACCCAAGUGGAAUACGUCAUCGACUUUUAUUCGGGGCGGAAUGACGGGCAUGGCAGGGGGAAACUUAACUUUUAUCUGGAUGUGCGGCCGAAGCUAAACACAUGGGAGGGUGUCAAGAUGCGGGCCAUGCGGGCGGCUGGGUUCUCGUAGGAGUGAACUCGGCCGGGAGUUGUUUACGUGUUUGUAUGAAUACCAUGUAUGAUGUACCAUGCCGCUCAGUGGAUUAUUGCGGUGUUGAGAUGUGGA